ACUUACUGGUCGAUUAGCUCAUUUACGCAGGUUUUUUACCCUACUACGCCUUGGCCAUAUAGUGGCGGGCACGUGAGUAUGCGGUGGCAUCAACUUCGCCGCUCCUCGGAGGGCUUGCCCUUCUUCACGACCGAGCCUAAAUCCCCAGGACUGAGAAUCUAUCGGUUGUGGCGGUCGUUUCCACGGAUGAAGAGGACUGCGAUUAUUCUCUGCCUGCUAGCAUUAACAUGCAUUUUCACAUUUUAUAUCGCUUCUCCCUUCAUUCAAAUGGCUGACGAAGCUUCGAUGGACAUGCUGAAAACGAUUGAAGACAUAGCCAAUCAACCUCUGUCCACCGAAAGGCGACCACCUCCGCUUACAACGCUUACCAACAAGUCUGCUAUGGUUUUCUCAGGCCCUUCGAACGAACGUCAAAAAGCUGUUACUGCAGCUUUUCAACAUGCAUGGCAGGGUUAUCGUAAGUAUGCCUGGGGACAUGAUCAGUUGAAACCAGUCAGUGAAUCGUAUUCGGAUUGGUUCAAUACUGGUUUGACUAUAGUUGAUGCAUUGGACACUGCCAUCAUCAUGGGGCUCCAGGAAGAAGCUAAUCAAGCCACUGCUUGGAUUCGAGAUACUCUCACCUUCGAAAAGGACAAUUACGUCAGCCUUUUUGAAACCACAAUCAGAACCUUGGGUGGGCUGUUAAGCGCAUAUCAUCUAACUGGAGACAAGAUGUUUGUUGCGAAAGCAGACGAUCUCGCAGAUAGACUGUUAGUUGCUUUUACAAGCUCUAAAUCACGUGUGCCUUUGAGCGAUGUAAACCUGAUGCUGAGAAAAGCGAAACCACCUCAGUGGAGUAACCAGGCUUCCUUGUCAGAAGUGACGUCUUUGCAGCUUGAAUUCCGUGAUCUUUCUCGUUUAACGGGUAAAAAGAUAUAUGAGGAGAUAGCAUUCAAUGUUUCAAAGCAUGUCCACACGAUUGGCUGUAGUGAGCAUGACGGACUCUGUGAGAUGUAUUUGAAUUGCAAUACGGGAAAAUUCCACCCGGGCCCAGCAAUUACAUUUGGAGCCAGGGCCGAUAGUUACUACGAGUAUCUUCUCAAACAGUGGCUGCAAACUGGCAAAACAGUCGAUUGGUUACUGACAGACUACAAAAUGGCUAUGGGAUCAAUGCAAUCGAAACUAUUUAGAUACUCUGAACCGAGCAAAUUCGGCUUUGUGGGCGAACUUCUUUCUAACGAUGCGUUUUCACCAAAGAUGGAUCACCUAGUUUGCUUUCUCGCCGGAACACUCGCUCUAGGUACAGUUCAUGGAUUACCGAAAGAACAUCUGCAGUUAGCAGAGAGUCUUGGCAGCGGUUGUCAAGCGAUGUACAGAAAUCCUACGGGCUUAGGACCUGAGAUAGCCUACUUCAAUAUGUUACCUGGUCAAAAAGAAGAUCUCUCUAUCAAACCUCUUGAUGCACAUUCACUUUUGCGACCAGAAGCGAUUGAAGCCUGGUUUUACCUCUACAGAAUUACUGGUAACAAAACUUAUCAAGAAUGGGGUUGGAACGCAUUUGAAGCAAUUGAGAAAUAUGCACGGGUGCGAAAUGGCUAUUCGUCAGUGAAGAGUGUCAAGAAAAUCCCCGUUUCAUACAAAGAUCUAAUGGAAUCCUUUUUCCUUGCUGAGACUCUCAAAUAUCUCUAUCUUCUGUUUGCUGAUGAUCAAAAGGAUUUGUUCCCAUUGGACAAAUGGCAUAUAUCCCUGACUAUAGAGACGGGUGUGGAAGUAGCUCUGUCCCUGCAGAUCUUGAGUGCUGCCAGCAGCGUUUAUGAGCUCAGAAGUGAGUACCUCAUUAUAUGGGAGAUCAGGCUCAAGUGACUCAUUCUUCACAAUCAAUAUUGAAAUCACUGACAUCAGCUCGAGUUACCCCCAGCGUUAUUUGCAAACACAUUCAUUUUCAGCUGUCUUGCCUACCUUGCCUUACACAAUGUCUGUAUGUAUCUAAACGAAACUAUGAGUUGUUUUAUUGUUAUUUAUUUUUUUGACUUCUAGUCAUUAACUUACUCUUACUCAUACACUAUUAGUAACAUUAAUUGUAUAUAUGUUGAGUCUGAUCAUUCACUGAGUUUUCAUUUUCAGUACAUUUUGCAGUUUUCAAUCUAUGAACAGUGACUUUUUUCUCUCAUUGGGGGCAGAGUUACGAAAUAUGGGUUAUUUGGAUACUUAGUCCUUUUAGCUGUUUUUUUAUAGCUCGGGGUUGAUGGAUUUCUCAUACUGUGAUUCAAUGUUCUCUUUCUGUAGGAGAAUUGUGGUGCUUUACUGCAGAUAUGCAUCUAUGUCAAUUGUGAAGCGUCUUCUAGAUCGUGUCUUGUCUGCUAUACAUUCCAAAUGUACUCUAUUCUCGGUGUUCUGUAGUUGAUUAAAUAAAAAAAGAAACUGAUAAAAAUUAGAAAAUGAACUUUCA